AUGCAGAAGUUCGGCUGUCCGGAGUACUUCACCCGCAUGGUACGUCAGCUCCACGACGGGAUUAUGGCGCGCGUCACGGACAACGGGACGGUGUCUGAAGCCUUCGCAGUGACCAAUGGAGUGAAGCAGGACUGUGUCCUUGCGCCCAUCCUCUUCAGUCUCAUGUUCUCCGCCAUGCUGAUGGACGCCUACCGUGACGAGCGUCCCGGAAUCCCCAUCAAC